UCUGACCAGGAAAUUAACACACUUUUCAAACACGUUAAGGUCUCUUCUUUUACCCGUCCGCUUGCUUCUAUCUGUGAAGUAGAAGAUGAAGAAACGCACGGUGUACGCAUGGGGAGUGGCGAUUUUGUCUUUCAUAGUUCUGAUGAUCGUCACUCCGGCAAUCCCCCAGUCUGAGGAGUACCAUGAUUUUGCCGAUAAACGAGAAUUCUUGGGCAUACCAAAUACAUUGAACGUGGUGUCAAAUUUUCCAUUCCUUGUCAUUGGCCUCGUAGGUCUUGUGCUUUGCUAUUACAAGAACUAUUUCAAGUUCAGCUUGCAAGGUGAGCUAUAUGGUUGGACUUGUUUUUUCAUUGGUGUGGCAGCGGUUGCUGUUGGCUCUUCUUACUAUCAUCUCAAGCCCAAUGAUGCUCGUCUUGUGUGGGAUCGGCUGCCAAUGACUAUUGCAUUCACCUCAAUUAUGGCAAUAUUCAUUAUUGAAAGGAUUGAUGAACAGAAGGGAACAAUUUGUAUCAUACCACUGCUGUUAGCAGGCAUAAUAAGCAUCUUGUACUGGAGGUUUUUUGAUGACCUCCGACCCUAUGCAUUAAUCCAGUUUGUCCCUUGCAUUGCCAUUCCUUUGAUGGCUAUCUUGUUACCUCCAAUGUACACACAUUCUGCGUAUUGGCUUUGGGCAGCAGGAUUCUAUCUUUUAGCUAAAAUAGAGGAAGCCAUGGAUAAAGUAAUAUACGAAUGGACCCAUCAUAUUGUCAGUGGACACACACUCAAGCAUUUGUGUGCUGCAAUGGUUCCUGUCUUCUUGACACUUAUGCUGGCAAAGAGGUCUAUUACAACUGAAAGGAUAAGUCUUUUCACGACAUGGAAAGUCUCAUGGACCAAGGUUAAAGAAAAUGGUUCAGAGGUGGAAAGUUGCACUUGUACCUACACUUCAGUUCCAAUUGAGGAGUCCCAUUGAGUUGUAGUUACACUCUUCUUUUUAAUGAAAUAUGUUGUGUGUAACAAAGCCAACAGAUCCUACUCACUUACCAUACUUUGCUUCUGUAAAUCAACUCUCUGCACAAGUAGUAAAAUCCCUUAAUAGAGCAUAUUUCAUUUUGAUAUGUAACUCAUCUAGUCAUCUCCUCCCUCAAUAUCAAUUUACUGUUGUCUUCAUUUUUUGUUU